UGGACGAACACGCUGUCUGCGGCACACGCCCCCUUUUUGUCAUCUCCCUCUAGCUCCACAUCAAGUGCCUACUGCAGCUUAUCAGGACUUUAUUGUGCAGUGGUUUAAAAACCAGGUCGAUUUGUGCAUCGUCUGUUAAAGUGACUUGACUUAAACGGCACUUUGGACCGAAAUCGAGGCGUUUGAGUCAGAGGCUCCGUGCGUAAAAGCUCCGAGAACAUUGUGUCCUCCGUGGGACAAAAUGACAGCGAAGCAUCGUAAAGGGAAGAACAACCACAAACAUGAAGACAACUUUUUCAAGAAUGAUGUUCUGGAGUCUGAAGUUCGCGCUGCAGGGAACAACUACACCCUGGCCUUGGUUUUAGUGCUGGUUGUUGUACUUGGAGGCGCAAUAGGCGCGUGGUUCUGUUUCCAACAGCACCAAACUUUAACUUAUUUGACUGACAAUCUUAUGGGAAUACAGAUGAAAAUAGCCAAACUACAGUCUUCUCACGAAGAGCUCAGACAGUCCAGUGGAAAGCACAUUUCAGACGGCCUGGUAUCCCGCUUGAAUGCACUUGAAGAGUCCUAUUCUCUGGCCCAGAAACAAGUGGGCAUGGCGCUGGCCACGGCAGAACAGCUUAAAACCUCAGACCUACCUACCCAGGUGUUAUCACUGCACACAGAGAUGAAAACGAGAUUGGCUGAAAUGCAACAAGCCACAGUGUCCACGGAGCAGCUGGGCCACAUCCAGAGUCUGGUGCAGGGGAAGAGCGAGGAGUUUGAGGGGGUCAGGCUGAAGCUGGAGGCCCUGUCCGCACUCGGAGAUGGCUUAUCUCUCAAAGUGGAAGCACUAGAGAGCAACCUGGGAGCAGCCGAAUCCAAACUCGCCGAGCAAGUUACUACUUUGAGUGCUAGUGUGGAUGGACAAGCUGCUGAACUGCUGAGUCUAAGGGAGCAACUGGAGGAAGCUAGUGUGAGAGCUGAGGUUGAACCCGAACAGGCCCCAGAAGCAACUGAAACGACAGUGGAAGAGCAGGUGGAGCAGGUGGAGCAGGUGGAGCAGGUGUUGGAGGAUGUUGCUGCAGAGGUUUUGGAAGAAGCAGAAUCACCACAAGAAAAGACGACUGAAGAAGUAGAAGGAACAACAGAAGGGGAGGAACUUCCACUGACGGAUGAAGCGGUCUUGGCUGAACCUGCUGAGGAGGAGGAGGAGAAGGAGAUGGUAGAUGUUACUCAGGAGGAGCCAGCUGCACCAGAAGAGCUCCCCGUGGAGGAGAAAGCUGAGGAGGCUCCAGAGGAAGCUGAAGAGGCUCAAGAGGAACCUACCCCUGAAGUGGAGGACAUGGUCGAGACUGAGCCUGUACAGGAAGAGACGACAGAAAACCAGGAGAAUGUUCAAACUGAGGAAGCAAAUACUGAAGAUGUAGAAGCAGAGAAAAUUGAUGAAAGCACUGGAGUAGAGGAUGCAGAGGAAGUAGAAGAAACACAAGAGGACGUCCCUAAAGAAGAUGAAGAAGCUUCAGAGCAGUCAAAAGAACCUGAGCCAGAGGAGCAGUUAGAAACCAAAGAAAUAACAGAGGAAGAGAUCGUGGAGCAACCAGAGGAGGCUACAGAAGCAGUAGAAGAAGAACCUGCACAAGAGGACUCACUAGCAGAGGAUACUAACACUGUAGAUGACACAAGCAUAGUAGAAGAAGAGACAGCAACAGUAGCAGAACCAGAAGUGGCAGAGCUUCCUAAAGAACAAGAGGAGCAGGUGGAGGUAGAGACUGAUGACCAGGUUGAACAGGUUGAGCCAGAGCCACAGCUGGAAGCGUUGGAGGAGGAAGUUCAAGACGCUCUAGAGAACAAAUGAGUGCAUCCCACAGUCAUGGACUUUUGAAAUGGACUUGUCCACAAAAUAAAAGGGAAUCUAUCUGAGUGUCACACACACAUCAACACAGAAAUAAGGAAGCAUUGUGUUUGAAUAGGUUUUUCUUGCAGUAUCAACAGUGUGGUUGCUUUGAAAAAGGCAUGUCUGGUCAGAAGUCUGUCUACCUCAAAGAUGUGUCUUUUUUUAUUAGUAGGAAGGUCUGGUUUAGGAGGUUUAGUAGGAAGGAAGGUUUGAAGGUCUUGCUGCUAAAACAACCACAGAAGCCUUAAUCUACAACAGUUUCCACUCGCCAACACUAGCACUUGUUGUCAAGGUUAGAGCUCAUGCAGUUGCUGCAUAGUAUACAGCCAUAAAGCCAUAAACAAAACCUGCUUGUCUACAUUAAAACAGUUGCCUAAUGCCACUGUGGAAUGUGUCAUAAGAUUAUCAUGCAAAAAAACUGAGCGAUCCAUCUGCUGAAUACUUAGGCAGUUGUGCUGCCACUGACAGCUAAUAGAAGUAUGUUAAGGUUUUGGGAAAGUUUUAGUGGGUAGCUUUUUGUACUUUUUAAUUUUCAAAUUAAUUCAUUGCCAACUGAGAAAACUGGAAGAGGAGAUUCUUCAUAUUUUGCACUUAAACUGGUUACUGAAGCUGUGUGUGUGAUGUCAGAGUGUUGUCAGAGUAUACUGGUGAAAGCUGGGAUCUCUAAUUAUAGUGCUGAAAUUAGAGCAAUUAAAUUAUGAUCUAAAGGGUCUCAUGUUAGUGACAACAUUUUUUUUCACAGCACAAGCUGCAAAACAACAGUCUGUCUUUUUCAGCAGAGUUGAUCACCAGGAGAACUGUUUCAACAAAGGCCUUUUUGUUAAUCUUACAUGUCCGUUGCAUUCUUUAAAUAAACUCCAGUUUUUGA